AUUAAUCAAUACCUUAUCUUUCUUGUAAAACCCCACAAAUUCACUUCAGUUCCUCACCUCUUACAUAGACUGAACCAAAAUCAAAUCCAAGGCAAGUACCCAACUCACUUUUCUUUUUGGCUCUUCUCAAACUUAAGAAUUUUGAAAAAGCUGAACAUUUCAUUAACACCCAUAUGGGAGAAUCUUCAAAUUUUUGGUAAUGAAUUCUUGGAUUCUCUUAUUCAAGCCAUUUAUACUGAUAAAAAGAAUAGGGACAAGGCAUAACUAGUAUUGCAGGAUUGCUUGAGGAGUUAUGAUGUGCUUCCAAAAAGGAAGGAUGUCCCACCAUUUGCAAGAGAUGCACGAAGGUAAUUACUUGGUUGUGAAGGGGCCCAAGGUAAAAUUUUCCAAUUUUUAAUCGUGCCAUUGCUGCGUAGGUUCUCUUUCUUUUCUUCUAAUUUUUACCCUAUCAAAAUUGGUUUUUCAAGUUGCCCUAGUAAAUUCUUUCCAUGAAAAUUGCGGUUCCUAGUACAGACUUUUUGGAUUCUCAUGUUAAUAAUUUAUUAUAUUACUAGUAAUUCUUUCAUCCAAGAUUAUGAUUAAAUUUAAUAAAUCUAAUAAAUGAAUUGUCCUUAUACUCUGCCAAGGAAUUAAACUAGUUUAGCUCCAUCUUCAAUCUUGAUUCUUCAGACCAGAAAGUUCAUGGAUUUCUUGCAUCCUUAUUUCCUUCACCUUGUAAUUCUUGUUCUUUCUUUGUUUCUCAUCUUUCUUGUUUAUUUCAAACAUAAUAAGUCCCCACAUGUCAAGCUUCCACCUGGUACAAAAGGAUGGCCUUUCCUAGGGGAAAGCCUUGCAUUUCUGAUGACCGCCCGGCGAGGACACCCUGAAAAGUUCGUUAAAGAUAGGGUGAAAAAGUACUCGCCGGAUGUUUUCCAGACCUCGUUACUUGGCGAAAACAUGGCCGUCUUCUGUGGUGCUUCAGGGAACAAGUUGCUGUUCACAAGUGAGAAUAAGUACGUCAAAGCAUGGUGGCCAAAGUCGCUGUUAAAAGCUUUUAUCGUUCCUGACCCUGAUGAAUUCUCAUACAAAGAAGUGUCAACAAGCUGGCGUAGAAUAUUGACUGAAUUUCUCAAGCCUGAAGCUCUACAACGAAGCAUUCCUGUCAUGGAUUCAAUGGCAAGAGAACACCUGAAGACAGAUUGGUGUCCUUGGAAAGAAUUAAAGGUUUUUCCACUAGUGAGGAAGUACACCUUUGCAUUAGCUUGUAGAUUGUUUAUGAGUAUAAGAGAUCCGAAUCUUGUGAGCAAACUUUCAGGUCCUUAUGCUCUUGUAACAUCUGGAAUGUUAUCAGUGCCAAUUUAUUUUCCAGGUACACCUUAUUACAAAGCUAUUAAGGCAAGCAAGGUGAUUACCAAAGAUCUUUUAGAGAUAAUGAAUCGGAGAAGAAUGGAGCUAUCAGAGAAUAAAGACAUAACAUCUCCAGAUGUCUUAACUCGUGUGCUUCUUCAUAAAGAAGAUGAUGGCAGGUCUAUGAGUGAUGCAGGAAUUUACAAUCGGAUUAUGGGAUUACUUAUUGCCAGCCAUGAUACAAUAAGCACUACAAUAACAUUUAUGUUCAAGUGUCUUGUGGAGCAUCCCCAUGUCUAUACUAGAGUCUUCAAAGAACAAAUGGAGAUCGCAAAGUCGAAAUUCCCUGAAGAAUUGUUGAACUGGGAAGACAUUCAGAAGAUGAAAUACACAUGGUGUGUGGCCUGUGAGACAAUGAGAUUGUUUCCACCAUCUCAAGGAGCAUUUAGAGAGGCUAUCACUGACUUCACAUAUGCGGGUUUUACCAUUCCAAAGGGCUGGAAGACAUUUUGGACAGUACAUUCAACACACAAGAAUCCCAAAUAUUUCCCAGAUCCAGAGAAGUUUGAUCCAUCAAGAUUUGAAGGGGAUGGACCUGCACCUUACACUUUUGUACCCUUUGGAGGAGGACCUGUUAUGUGCCCUGGAAAAGAGUAUGCUAGGCUGGAGAUUCUUAUUUUUAUGCAUAAUGUGGUGACCAGAUUCAAGUGGAAGAAAGCUGCUGAAGGUGAAAAGAUAAUUUUUGAUCCAGCUCCUAUCCCAGUAAAUGGCUUACCAGUUCACCUUGAACCUCUUUAAACUAUUGUAGUAGGACCACAAAUUGAGCAGAAAUUUGUGGCAAUUUGCAAAUACAGUAAGGAAACUGUAUGGGGAUCUUCAAUGAAAAUCACAUUCAAAUAAUAUAUUUAAAAUAGUUAAACAA